AUGAAUUUUGUUUUGGAAAAACUGUCCGCAUUAUUUAGUACAUUGAGCAUCUUCGUUAGAAACUUGAGCCAUAUCGAUAAUAAAAGCUCAACAUUAAUUGUACUUAUUGCAUCAACUGGAAUACUACUAUACAAGAACAAAAGAAUUUUCAGAAAUAUCAUGGAAAAUAUAGGAACUGUGGGCGGCGAUCUAACCCGAAGCUUUAGGAAUAACUACAAAGGAAGUAUGUUCAAUAAGUGGGGUUCGAAAGAUCCAGAGCAAGAAGCUGCCAUGCUGAAGCGUGGCGGCUACGUUGGUGGGCUGGUCAAUGACGGUAAUACUUGCUUUAUGAACUCUGUGCUGCAAAGUUUAGCAUCUUCAAAAACUUUACUGCAGUUUUUGGAUAACGAAGUCAUCCAAGCGUAUAAGGAAGCCGAAGAAAGUGAGGAUGAGCAUGUAGCAGAGAAAGAAUUUGAGAGCGAAAAAAAGCUUUCUGAGUCUAAAACAAAGCCUAAAAAGAAGGUUUAUGGCAAACGCAAGAAGAGGCUGACUAGAAACGCCGAAAAGGAUGCAUUGGAUGACGACCAAGAUGCAAACAUUGAGUUCAGUACCACACUGAAGGAGCUUUUAAACAAGCUGAAUGCAAAGCAUUACAGGGAUAGGCCCUACUUCAAAACAAACAAACUGCUCAAGACUAUGUCUAAAGCCCCAAACAAAAGCAUUAUUCUUGGGUACGACCAAGAAGACGCACAAGAGUUUUUCCAGACCAUCUUGUCAGAACUUGAAAAGAACGUGAAAUCUCUUUACGGGAAAUCAUCCAAGGAUGAAGAAGCUCCAGUGCAAUUCGAUCAACUGCCCGAAGAUUCUAUGGUUGGUCAAGAAAGACUAGGCGAAAUGGGCACUGUCUAUAUUCCCACUGAGCAGAUUGACCCUAACUGCGUACUGGCUCAUGAAAAUAAAAGUCUUUAUUCCCCUUUCAAGCUCAUCACUCCCUUGGAUGGUCUAACGGCAGAGAGGAUAGGAUGCUUGCAGUGUGGUGAAAAUGGUGGCAUUCGUUAUUCUGUGUUUUCCGGGUUAAGCUUGAACCUGCCCAGCGAAAACCUGGGCUCAACUUUAAAGCUUUCGGAGCUUCUUCGUGAGUGGAUAAAACCUGAAAUCAUUGAAGGAGUUGAAUGCAAUCGCUGUGCUCUCAAUGCAGUGCUUGAACACCUCGAGAAAACUUUGAUUCAAUACGAGGGCUCAGAGCAUUCUUCGGAGAAGCUUGUCGCCGCCGUCAAAGCUCGCGUAGAGCAACUGAAAGACAUAUUGGCCAAACCUGCUAUUGAUGACGAUGACUACAAAAAACUGCAUACCGAAAACAUGGUUCGAAAGUGCUCCAAGUCUAAGCAGAUAAUUAUCUCUCGUCCUCCACCGCUACUCUGCAUCCACAUUAAUAGAUCUGUUUUUGAUCCCCGCACAUACAUGAUCAGAAAAAACAACUCCAGAGUUUUGUUCAAAUCUAAACUCAAUUUAGCUCCAUGGUGUUGCGCGCCUGAUGAAAUAAACCUCGAUGCCCGUCUCCCCAUGUCCAAAAAAGAACAAAAAUCGUUAGAGUCAUCUGAAGACGAGAAUGUCGGGGGUGAGUACUUCGCCAAAUUACACAGACACUUUGAGGAGGAGUUUGAAGACAGCGAAGAAGAAGAGGGCAACUUUGAAGCAUCUAACAGAGAUGUAUCUGACUACGAUCCUCUAAGAGGCGAAAUAGAAUCUUCGAGUGACGAGAACGAGUCGUCCUCGGAUGGCGAGUAUGAAGUUGAUGCUCUAGGAAACCGCGUCUUCAAGCAAAAUGGUGCCCAGACUGAGCAGGAGCUAGUUGAUGGAACCUCUGCUGAUCCAGAGGUUGCCUCUCUUGAGGGCUCGGAUGCCGCGGAAAGACUUGAUGGUAUUGAGCCUGAGACACUUGAUAACGAAGACGAAGAAGACAGCGAAAGCGACCAUGAAGUUAAGCAGCCACCUUCUCUUUCAUCUUUGCACCAUGCUCCUAGCUCCUCAACCGUUCCUGUCGGUCCUUUGACCUACGCCUUGCGGUCUGUCAUUGUACACUACGGGACACACAACUACGGACACUACAUUGCAUUCAGGAAGUUUAGAGGCCUGUGGUGGAGAAUAUCUGAUGAGACGGUCUACGUUGUGGACGAAGCAGAGGUUCUCUCCACACCAGGAAUUUUCAUGCUAUUUUAUGAGCACGAUUACAAUGAGUCGCUUCACGCAAUGAACGAUGACCUGGAGUGGGAGGAGGAAAACGAGGACAGGGAGUGA